UUCACAAUGGAACAGAGUUCCGGGCCUUUCCGAGGGCCCCCAGUUGUUUUCACAGUUUUGCUGAUCCUGGAAAAUACCCAUCUGGCACUUGUCGUUCAGCUCUGCACCAGUUUGAAAAGAACCACGAGGUGCGCCAUGAGCAUGCUCACACAGAGAUGCAUCGUGCAGCACGGGGGCAGACAUCAACAUGGAAGCAGAGGACAUACGCCCACAUAUUGCAGAAAUGCAUCACGCCUCACUCUGUCUCACUGCUGGAUCGUCUGCCUGUUCACUGCUUCUUCCCCCAGAGCCCAGCCGAUCCCGUAUCUCGCGAUUUCUGCUGCUGCUCUGAAGAAUUCACGGCCGCACGCGACAGCAGACAGACAGAGACUGAGGGAGAACAUGCAAAACGAGGUUCCGGCACAUAAACUGGAGGUGCUCUCAGCAUUUCAAAUGCUGAGGAGAGUAAAUGGACAUCAGCAUAAAAUAGCAUGGGACUGCGCAAAGUUAUCAUCGGGUUAUGUCCGAGAGUGUUAUGGCUAUGCUCAAGCUGCAGCAGAGAAGGAUAUAUGCGGCAUGCAUCUAAUGUUAAGAGUUGCAAUCAUCUCAUGUUUGGAACUUGUCAGCAUGUCGAAGCAGCAUGUUGCUGUGCUUCAUGCAGAUUUCGCAAAGUAAUAAACCAACAAAAACCACUGCAUUCAUACUGGUUAUAAAUUACAUUGUACACAUUAAGCACAAAUAAUCUAUGCUGUGUUGUAGUUUUAUGUGGCGUAAACUCUUGAUGUUUCUUUGGGCCUGAUUCUUUGAUUAUUAUGUGCUGUGAGAAGGCACUGAUUAUAUAGAUCUGUGUAAAUUACAGGUAUGUAAGGUUACUUAUUUUUUAGUCGCACUGCACAUAAAAGAAAAAUAAAGCAAAAUAAGUUUUGUACAUUAAACAUAGCCAUAGUGGUAAAAACACACAGUAUAAUCAGGGAUGACAAAUGACUUGUGGGCAGGACAUAGUGAGAAAACCCCCCCCUAAAAAACCAGCAUGAAAUAGAGGCAGAAACAGAGAGAUAAUAAACUGAGGCCAUGAAGGAAACAAUGCCGCAGUUUCUCCUUACUGCAGAGACCCUUCUGCGAAUUUAAACCCUACAUAAAUAUUUAUAUAUCAAAGGCUGCACAUGGGUUCAAAACCUGGCAUUUCAUUUCUGACUUUGACCAUUUUGUCGAUUUAAUCAUCACAUCUGAUAGCCCUUAUAUGUUUGAGGACCUGCAAAAAUAGCCAGUAAUUCAAAUAAAAGAAAAAUCUUUAGCGUAUGACUCUUUAAUGCCAUUCAGAUAGGACAAUUAUUAUUCAUGCUGCAGAGACCUGGGAGCUACAAUUUUAAAUUGAGCUUAAAAUAGCCCAGAGAGACAUUAGUAGCUCAAUGUGGGGUUUUCACUUAGAUUUCUGCAUGAGGAUGUGACCGUGUACCGUGUUUUUUUGCUGGAAUCCUGCUAAAGAUCAAUUAUCUUUGAUGUUUUGUUUUCUUGACUCUGCAUGUGUAUGUGUGUGUGUGUGUGUGUGUGUGUGUGUGCGUGUCUAAAGCUGACUACUGCAUCCUCUAAGUUCCAAAAAAGGACUGAUAGGAAACCUAAGAGUACAGUUCAUUCCUGAAAUGUUCACUAUGGAAAAACCAUGAAAAAUGCAUUCUUGAAAGUAAUAUUUCAUUAAGGAGGUAAGAUGGAUGCAGAGUUGUAAUGCCUGGAUGCUUAGUUUGUCUGUCAAACUGUCCAGCAGUAACAGGAGGCUGGUCCACCGUGCCACGUGCAGCCAGAAAUCUCUGCCUCAAGCCUGCUGUCAGGGCCUUGGUGUUGCUACAGCUGCUGAUGCUGGCUGUGAGUGCACAUCUGUGACUGAGCGCUUAUGUGCGUGUGCGUGCGUGUGCGUAUGUGUGUGUGAGUCUGUGUGUUUGUGGAGAUUUAAGUCACACCAAAUGUCAUACCAAGAGCAAAUAUCCAUACACUGGGACCUUAGCCAAAUCCUUACAAAUCUCCCUGCUCCCCUUGCUGUCACACACACAGACAUGUGCAAGCUGGUUUCUUUCUUCUUCUUCUUCUUUUUAUUGUUGUCUUAAAAAAUAAAUGAUGCAAAAAUAACAAGCAAAGCACUCUCGUGCAUCACAGCUGUGUAAAUCUGUCUUUAAAAGAACCGAUGCACCAUAUCUCACUAUGAUGUGUAGUAAAAGUGUACACAGCAAUAAAGUCAAAAAAAUUCCAAAUUCUACUAAAUAAGUGGGACAAUAAAUUAUUUAUUUAAUGGAUUUUUAGUUAAUUAUUUAUAUAUUAAUUUAUGGCAUUUAUGACCCUGCACUGUUUACAUUUAUUAGAAGAUAAGAUUUAAAACUGCUCACUAUUUUUGUGAUAAUAUAAUUAUAGACUGCUGACUCAAAGAAGAUUAUGACUACCAACAUCAAGACAACUAUAUAUAAAUAUGACGAUAAACAACUUGCUAUUGUCUAAGCUGCACAUCCUCUGAUGUCACAUCAGUAACUGCACCGGCUAAUCAUCUUGUUCAAAUAGUAAAUUAUUCAAAUGAUAUUUAGCGACUCUGCAGCCGGAGGUGAUUUAUGUUGCUUAUCUUCAGAAAUGAUCUGAGGUCAUUUAAUACAGGAUUCAACUGGAGACGUGUCCAUGUGAUCAUCAUUAUGGAGCCAUAACAAACGUGAAUGUUUUGUUGGAAACAGUUAAUUUUGCCAUGGUCAACAAAUAUCAAUGACUAACCACGCAAAGUCAACCUCUUAAUAUAAAACAUGAACAUUCGGUGUAUCACCUGUUAGAGCUCCUUACACACCUUCUUGCUUUGUCUCCAAAUUAACCAAGACAAAGACUGUACAUGACUUCACUUUUGAUUAUAAUAAUAAAACAUAAUAUUUUCUACACAAGAGAUUGUUAAAUGUACUGGAUUAAAAAAAUGCACAGGCAGUUAUAUAAUUUUAUUUAUGUGUGGCUUGUCACCAAGACAAGUCCUUUCCAGGUAAAGGACCAUGUGAUGCCAACAGAUGGCUGUUGAGUAUAAAGUAACCUGAAAACAGAUUAACUGAGGACAGACUCAGGUUUAGCAGUGUUUCUACACUACAGAGUAACUAUGGCACAUUGCAAGCACGACACCAACGCUUAUAUUUAGGUAGCUACAUAACCUAGGUAACCUACACUUUGCACAGGGCGUCUAAUUCAUCCUAAUGGGCUAAUAAAUAACAUCCAAAGGCUCAGUCUGCACUGGAGAACAAUGACGGCGAGAUUAGUUCAUUUCCAAGACAUGUAAGAUAAUACGAGAGGAGACGACAGACGGGUGAAAUUAGGAAGGGCACGUACAAAUAUAGAGAUAAUGAAAGAGAGACAGGGGCUUUAGGGAAAACCAGAACUCCUGUGGGGAAAGAAGAGGUCCUCAUGAAAUUGAAAUGGGAGAAAGGAAGCGGGACGCACGUUGCCGAAGCUGCUCCCCAUCUAUUUUUUUCUUUCUUUUUUUUUUUUUUGCAGUGCUCUGUAAUUCGUCUCUAAAAAUACCAAGCUAGAAAAAGAGGAGGGGCACGAAGAAUCGCAGGGGGUAGGGGGGAAUAACAGAGAUGAUGAAAGGAUAGAUGAUGGAGCACUUUGGCAAAAAA